AUGGACCGGCCGGUGGUGGGAAAAGGCGCCAGCUCCCUGUCACUGCUGCUGGCCCUCGCCCUGGGUCUAGUGAUCCUCCACUGUGUUGUGGCAGAUGGGAACUCAACCAGGAGUCCUGCAACAGAAGAUCUCUGUGGAGAGUCUGGGAAAAACUGUGCAGCUACCACCACACAACCAAAGCGGAGAGGACACUUUUCUCGGUGCCCCAAGGAGUACAAGCACUACUGCAUCAAAGGGAGAUGCAGGUUCGUUGUGGCUGAGCAGAUGCCCUCCUGUGUCUGUGAAGAAGGCUACACUGGAACAAGAUGUGAAAGAGUUGACUUGUUUUACUUAAGAGGAGAUAGAGGACAGAUUUUGGUGAUUUGUCUGAUAGCAGUUAUGGUCAUUUUUAUCAUCCUGGUGGUUGGUGUCUGCACAUGCUGUCAUCCUCUUCAGAAACAUCGUAAAAGAAAGAAGAAGGAAGAGGAAAUGGAAACUCUGGGUAAAGAUCUAACUCCUAUCAAUGAAGAUAUUCAAGAGACUAGUAUUGCUUAG